AUGCACAGGUGCCGAAUCAUCGGCCCAGACUGGGUGUAUGCCUCCAGACCGGGAGGUGUUGGUGUUCAGAUUGGGCUUAAGAAAGCUGGUCUGACUCUUCCUGUUCUGAACAUGUGCAAAAAAGAGACCGAGUUCAAGACAGGGAGGCGAUACGCACCAGGUUACGACGAGGUUGCCCUUUCUUUGCUGAGCUCCUACAAAAUUUCCGUCAAGUGCCUGAAGAGCACCAUUGUGCCUUUCGUAAAAGCUCCAGAAGCUUGGGAGAUCACGAAGAAUGGACAGGGUAUCAAGAACCUGAUCCAAGGUGUCCAAGAUGACUAA